AUGGAUUAUACAAAAAUAUUUUUAAUAAUAUUUAUUUUUAUCAUAUUUUUAAUUUUAUUAAUUUUAAAUUUGAAAUAUUUAAUUACUUUAAAAAGUAAUUUUAAACAUAGAGUAGCAUGGAGAAAUUGUAAAAAAUUAAAAAUUUCAAUUCCAAUUGAAAAAAGAAAAGAUAUUAAAGAAUUGGAAAAAUUAUUGGAAAAAAAGUUAAAAAAAGUUUUAGAAAAAAUUCAUUCUGGAUCAAUUUUAUUAAUUCAAAAUAAUUCAGAUCCAGUUUCAAUUUUUAUGAGAUUAGGUAUAACUGGAAGAUUCUCACAUAGUGCAAUAAUUUUAAAACCCAACUUUUUCAAAGAAUCUCAUAUUGAUAGUGAAACUCCAUUACUUUGGCAAGCAGCUGGUGAAAAAAUAUGUUCUAGAAAUAGUGGACCUGACGUUCACUCCCUUUGUGAAUUUCUAUCAGUUUAUAUGACCCUCUACCCAAAUUGUAGAUACGCCAUUAGAAAUCUUUCGAAUCCAUUAAACGUUGACCAAUCAUUAAGUUUAGAAGAUUUUAUCUUAACGACCAUUAAACAAAAGAAAUUGGUUUUCGUUUCAAAUUUCGAAAUGUUUUGGUGUUUUUACACAGAAACUUUAUUUAGAUUCCUAUUGCCAUUAGAUCCAUAUAUGAAUAUUUCAAAAAAAAGUGACCUAACUUUUUGUAGUAAAUUAAUUACUGAAACUUAUCAAUAUAUUGGUUUAGUUGAUAAAAAUGUCAAUAGUUUUGCAACAACUCCAAAUUAUUUCAGUUUUCCAAAUAGUAAUAAUAUUUUAAUUGAUGAAACUGAAAUAAUUUUCACUCCAUAA